GCACUGCAGUUUGACAUCAAGCAAACCGAGGUAAAUUUGUAAACAAACCCACGAGUUGUUGACCAAUUCACAGCCGGUCUGGGUACUGCAGGCGUAUCGUAUCUUAAAAGUUAACUUUAAAACAAUGUUCCACAUAGCUCGUGCACCUCUGUUUCGAUUACAUAAGCCACAAAGCAUUCGGCUUCUGUUGUCGUGCAGCAAUGGGUUUUCAUCCGACUCGAACGCUCCCGGCGAUGGAAACGAUAAGCCAAAGCCCCAGCCGGCUGCACCGGCCCGCAAAGCCGACAAAAGUGAAGAGGAAGGAAAGAAAUCAUCAGCUGCCCUCAACCGGUUGAACGAACUGCUCGCCAUGAUGAACACCGACAACGAGGUGAAGCUCGUGAAGAAGGUGGAUCUGCCGCGCCCAAAGGCCAAGAAAUCGAAGGACAAAAAAGCUGACUCGGAUUCGGAUUCCGAUGACGAUGAGCGGCCCAAGGAUCUCGCUCAGGCAACGCGCAAAGUAGCAACCGCUCUAGGCGGUGAUGCGAAGCGUACAGAGUCGGAGCUGCUUUCGAAGCUGCUCGGAACAACGAAUCCCGCCACCGGCGAGAGUAAUCUGACCGACAUUAUUACCGGCAUGGCUGUCGAUAGGAGCACAAAGAAGCAACACACCGACAGUGAUCCAACGCGAAGCACUCUGGUGAAGAAGUCGAUCGAUUCCAAGCGCGCGAAGCAAAGGCGUCCCGCGGAAGAUGGCGAGCAGCAGGCACGUGGUGCUGCAUCGCCCAAAGAACGUUACGAGCGAAAGCGUUUCAGCCCGAAACAACCGCCCCAAACACCGGGCGGUCCGGGCAGUGUGAAACUGUUCGACGAGGAACCGUUGGGUAUUUUUACGGAUCUUGCCACGCUGAAGGAAAGUCCGGACAAGCUUCCCACCUGGCAGAAGCUGAACGAGCGCGAGCUUCGGCUGGCCGUAACGCAUCCACCAGCGAACUACUUCCAAAAGAUGGCCAUCUGGACCGAGCAGGGCAAGCUUUGGAAGUUCCCGAUCAACAACGAGCAGGGUCGGGAAGAGGAAGCGCAGGUUGCAUUUACCGAGCACGUCUUCCUGGAAGAACACCUGGAACCGUGGUGCCCGACUAAGGGCCCGAUCCGUCACUUUAUGGAGCUGGUGUGCGUGGGACUGUCGAAAAACCAUUACAUCACGGCGCAGGAAAAGCGUGACCACAUCUUCUGGUUCCGGGACUACUUCGAGCAGAAGAAGGAAAUGCUGAAGGACAUUAUCGUGGCGGAGAGCAGUGGUGGGGGCGACAAGCCGAAGGAGAUUGAACAAUAAACCUGUAAGUGUCGUCGUAGAAUUUCGAACCAGCUACGAAGGAUUAUG